CCCGCCUUCCUGCUACUCUUCUCUACUCUUCCUGGUUUUCUGCCAAACGGUUUGUCAAACAGGUCAAAAGUUGUCGGGACUCGGAGGUGAAGGAUGCCCCCCCCGCAGAGGCCUGGGCCGUGUGCUGAACCUGGACCGUGUGCCCCCCCAGCUCUAAAACAGGACAAACACACCGAGUGUUUCCAGCAGUGACAGAAGAAGCGGCUCCGCUGCCGAACUGCAGCCCGGGCUAACUGUUAGCCUGCUAGCUAACACACCGAGGAGGACCGGCUCAGGCAAGUCUGGAACAAACCACCAGAACCGGUCCAGUCCGACCCAAGAAGAAGAGAGACAACAUGGAGAACAAGGACAAAGUGCAGAUGAGGAACCACCCGCGCAGACAGCUGAAAAAACUGAGUGAAGACAGUCUGACCAAGCAGCCAGAGGAAGUGUUUGAUGUCCUGGAGAAGCUGGGUGAAGGGUCCUAUGGCUGUGUGUUUAAAGCCCAUUAUAAAGAAACAGGGGAGAUAGUCGCCAUCAAACAGGUUCCUGUGGAAUCCGACCUUCAGGAGAUCAUCAAGGAGAUCUCCAUCAUGCAGCAGUGCAACAGCCCUCAUGUGGUGCGAUACUAUGGCAGCUACUUCAAGAACAGUGACCUGUGGAUCGUCAUGGAGUACUGCGGGGCCGGAUCAGUGUCGGACAUCAUUCGAAUACGCAAUAAGACGCUCACAGAGGAGGAGAUCGCCACCAUCCUUCAGUCGACUCUUAAAGGUCUGGAGUAUCUUCACUUCAUGAGGAAAAUCCACAGAGACAUCAAAGCUGGAAACAUCCUGUUGAACAGCGAGGGUCAGGCCAAACUGGCAGACUUUGGAGUGGCCGGACAGCUCACAGACACCAUGGCGAAGCGGAACACAGUGAUCGGUACGCCGUUCUGGAUGGCCCCAGAGGUCAUCCAGGAGAUUGGAUACAACUGCGUGGCAGACAUCUGGUCCCUGGGAAUAACAGCGAUAGAGAUGGCCGAAGGGAAGCCCCCGUACGCAGACAUCCAUCCCAUGAGGGCCAUCUUCAUGAUUCCUACAAAUGAUCCCCCGAAGUUUCGAAACCCAGACUUGUGGUCUUCAGAGUUUCAACAGUUCGUUGGCCAGUGUUUGGUGAAAAACCCUGAACAGAGGGCCACUGCCACACAGCUGUUACAGCAUCCUUUCAUUAAGUUUGCGAAGCCCAGCUCCACCCUCCGAGCGCUGAUCACAGACGCCAUGGAGAUCAAACUGAAGAGACAAGAGGAGGCCGAGCAGAGGGAGCAGGACGCAGACGACGACGACAAUUCGGAUGAAGAUGAGGUGGACCGGGGGACGAUGGUACGAGCAGGGACGGGGGACUCUGGGACUGUCCGGGCCGCCGGUUCAUUAGGGGGCACGGCCUGGACCAUGAUUGAACACGACACCGGAACCAUGCAGUCCCAGCUGGGCACCAUGGUCAUCAACUCUGAUGAUGAUGACGAUGAGGAAGAAGCUGGAACCAUGAAAAGGAGAGAUGAGACCUUGCAGCCGGUAAAGCCAUCUUUCCUGGAAUACUUUGAACAGAAGGAGAAGGAGGCCAACCUUCAUAACGACGCAGGAGAAAACAAUGCAGACAACCGCAGACUACCUGCUGAAGCAGAUCUGGAAGUGUUGCAGACGUGGACCGUGGAGGAGCUCCGCCUCCGUCUGGCCUCUCUGGAUCCUCAAAUGGAGCAGGAGAUCGAGGAGAUCCACCAGCGCUACCAGGCCAAGAGGCAGCCCAUCCUGGACGCCAUCGAGGCCAAGAAGAGGAGGCAGCAGAACUUCUGAGGUCCAGGUGGAGCUGCGUGGUGCACAGCGUCUGUCAGAGGGACAGUGGGACAGUUGGAACUCAGGCUUUCUGCAGAUAAUGGGUGGUCAUGUGGCAGAUGUCCAGACGCAGCAUCCUGAUGUCCUGGAACCUGUGCAUGGACAUCUGAAUGUCGACGCUGUGGACGUCAAACCUGGACGUCAUGUCAAAGACGUGUCCAGAUGUCUGUUCCUGUUGGAGUGAAUCUGUUGGACAUGUGGUUUCAGGUUGAACCUCUGUAUUCUGCUGUUCAGAUCUGCUCCACCAGCUUCUCUUUGGACUCGUGUGCUUUCAUGGUGGAUGCUUCGGAGCUGAGCAGCUGGUCAACACCUGCGCCGUUCUUCUGCUUAUUUAAGGCGUGUGUCUGCUGUGGUACGUUCUGGUCGGGCCUUCUGUAGGUACGCUGGACCUUCUGGAAGUUCGCUGGACCUUCUGGAGGUACGCCGGACCUUCUGUAGGUACGCCGGACUUUCUGUAGGUACGCUGGACCUUCUGGAGGUUCGCUGGACCUUCUGGAGGUUCGCUGGACCUUCUGGAGGUACGCUGGACCUUCUGGAGGUACGAUGCUCAGGUCCUGCUGCUGGACUGUCCAACCUGCUGGUUCGUUUGUUGUGGUGUUUGUAUCUGACCCCCUUUAGGUCCAAGUCGUUUGGCACAUCUUCAAACUGCUGCUCCCAGACUCAGGCCGUCCCACUGGAUGGAACGUCUGCUCCUGCCCGUCGACAAGGGGGCGUGGUCAGCAGCUCUGAUGUCGGAGACCUUCUGAUGACAUGUAUGUUCAGGGUGUCGUCCACUGUCUAAAGGGAUCUGCACUAAAGCAUCAGACAUUCUGUUCCAUGGGUCUGAAACUUCAUCUGGUCUGAAAUGAAUCUGAAGUCCUCAGAAGAACAUAGACGAGGAGCUGAAAGAAGCAGAUUUAUGGAACGUGUUGGAAGCCUUUACUUUGUCUGGUUUUACUUUGUUUUUAGUUUGUUUUACUUGGUUUUUAGUUUGUUUUACUUUGUUUCAGAGCUGAUCCUUUCUGUUCAUGUCUUCAUGUCCUCAUCAUGUGCAUGUCUUCUGCUGGUUUAAAGGGGUCCCCUCUAUAUUUUGGAGGUCUAGUUGUAUGAGGUCCUUCUCCACAGCAAGGUUAUUAUCGUUAACAAAAAUUAACAAAAUGACGAAAACUAGAGUUUUAAAAACCUUUUCGUUAACUGAAAUAAAUAAAAACUAUAAUUAAGAGAAAAAAAACAUAACUAACUGAA